AUGAUUUCCCAAGCAGGAUUGCAAGAUUCUUCUCCUCAACAUUCAAGCCUGAGUGAGAUGGCAUCUUCUUUUUGGGAAGCACCAAAAGCAAGAAAACUCAAGAUGAAUGUAGAUGGGAGUUUUUUGAGUCCUGAAAAUUCAGGUUUUAGUACAGUUCUAAGGAAUGAUGUAGGAUCAGUAAUAGCUACAGUUUUUGGUAAAUCAAUAGCUUCGUCUCCCAUCCAGGCUGAAGUGAUGGUGAUCCUCAAUAGUCUAGAGGUUUUGAGUAUGUACAAGGAGAAAAAUAUAGAUGUGGAAUCUAAUUGUCAAAUUCUGGUACAGGCUCUGAAGACAGGAAAUUUGGACUUGGUCUCGGAUGCAAACUUUCUGUGCAUGGACAUUAAAUUACUAACUGAAGAGUUGACAAUUUCUUUUAAUCAUGUAAAUAGAUCUUGUAAUGCUGCGGCACAUAUGCUAGCCAAGAGAGACAUAGGGUGA